AUGAAUAUGCCCCUAUCUGCCCACGCUACCCGCCACCCUGUCAAAAGUCUCAUCGCGUUUUUCGUUCUAUGGAAGGCUCUCCUGCUAUUCAUAGCCUGUUGCUCGCCAGGCCAAGGUUAUGAUACCUCAACAAACCUUAUCCUACCCCCUUACGGCACGGAAAAGUUUAAUGCGUUUCCGCUACCUCUGCAACUCAUCGCCGCCAAAGUCACGAGAUGGGAUGCCAUAUACUUUGUCCGAGCCUCGAAUCGUGGCUAUACCUUUGAGCAGGAAUGGGCUUUUGGGUGGGGCUUCACCCGGCUUAUAGCCUUCUGUACCGCAGGUCUAGAAAAGGCGGGACUGCUUCGUACCGACCAGCUACAAGCUCUCCUGGCAACUCUCAUUGCCCAUAUAUCGCAUCUUAUUUCGGUAAUCCUGCUGUUCAAUCUCACCCGCGCUAUGUUCCCCGGCUCCAAUGCUGGAUUUACAUUCGUUGCGGCAGCGCUACACAUCGUAUCGCCCGCGGGCAUGUUUCUGUCUGCCCCAUAUGCCGAGAGCUCCUGUGCUAUGUUGAGCUUUGCUGGUUGCUUGGUAUUCACGAAGAGCUUCGCAAGUACCGCACAAACCACUGUGAAGCACGAUCUUCUUAUCGUCAUUUCCGGCGUGAUCUUUGGAAUUGCGAGUACUUUUCGGAGCAAUGGAAUACUUAGUGGUCUGCUCUUACUAGAAGAAGCAUUCAGAGUACUACUAAGUCUUCGACAUGGCAUUCAGCUGGCCACGAUCCGUCGACUUGCCGCCGCUGGGCUGGGUGGGCUGAGCACCGCAGCAGGAUUCCUACUUCCGCAAUAUAUUGCCUAUACGGAAUACUGCCAAGAGCCAAACAUGCUAGAACUCAGGCCAUGGUGCAAGAAGCCAUUUCCAAGCAUUUAUACGUUUGUUCAAGAAUAUUAUUGGAACGUUGGGCUAUUUCGAUACUGGACAUUGCCAAACCUGCCACUCUUUCUCCUAGCUACCCCAAUGUCUGUGGUAAUGAUUUUGUCGGGUCUGUGGGGUAUCAAACGGCAUGGCAGUGACAAACUAACUUCCAUAUCCGGGGUACCUAAUGUCCUGCGCAACAUGGCUGUCUCGCAACUCCUAUUGACCGUAAUCACAUUGACUACUGCCCAUGUUCAAAUCAUCACCCGGAUAUCCUCAGCGUAUCCUGUUUGGAUGUGGUAUGCUACCUGGACGAUGCAGAAGGGAAAUGGUUUAGCACCACGGAGCUUUGUGAGAUUCUUGGUGAUGUAUGCUAUCAUUCAAGGAGGCUUAUUUGCGUCUUUUCUUCCUCCGGCGUAA